GAGAAAUACGAUCGAGCUGUGCAGAAGAUCAACCAGCUGAAAGAGGAGCGUGAAAAGCUGAAGGAGGCGAUUGAGGCCCAGAGUGAGGAGAUCUCCAAGCUGAAUGCAAAGGUCAGAGAAGGUGAACGUGAGCUGUUUAAAGCAAAGGACGGCAUCCAGCUCAUCGAGGUGGACCUUCAGAGCAGCAGGAAAGAGAAAGAGAGGCUCGCUGCAGAGCUGCAAAGACUGCAGAGCCUCACCUACAACGUGGACAAAAUGCAGAGAGAGAACCAGGACUUGCAGAGGAGGCUUUCAGUGCAGGAGACUCAGCAGAGCCCUUCGGAUGACCUAAUGUUUCAGUGUCAGACUCUUACCAGACAGCUACAGGAGACUCAGGCCAAGCUGGCAGCUGAAAAGGAGGAGACUAAAAACGCCAAGAAACGUAAUGAGUAUUUGGAGGCGGAGAUGCAACAAAUCCGGGAUCAGCUGGAGAACGUCUGCAAAGCAUUGGAUGUCGAAAAACGGAAGAGCAGCAAAUUUGAGGUGAAUCGAUGUGAAAUUUUAAUCUUUUAAGAUUUAAUUCUUAUC